AUGGAGACUGAAAGUGAGCGGUGUUUGAAGUUAUCUGGUGUAUUUAUGGUUUCGAAAAUUUUACGUUUAUUUGUGAAAGUUGUGUUAGGACUGAUACCAAAUGAUGUGGACACUCGUUGUUUCCUUGGAGUCUCUACCUUCUUGUUAUACAGUUUGCCUCAAAGUGAAUUCAGGAACAAUGAACCGGUUUUUGAAUGGCGUCCAUGGGGACAUUAUCUUGCUGUUGGAUUAAAUAAUGUGGUUAGGAUAUAUGAUAGAAGAGGAAGAGUGACUGAUGAGUUACCUCAAGCAACGUGUGUAAAGUCAGUAUCAUGGGAUCAUGACGGUGAUGUUUUAGCUAUUAUAAAUGAUGGGAGUACUUCAGUCACAUUAUGGGAAUUUGCCACGAAAAAGGUAGAUAAAUUGGAUAACAGUACGAGUGGAAAAGAAAUACCAACAUUCAUUUUGUGGUCUCAUAAUUCUCCAGUUCUGGCUGUUGGCAAUAGUACUGGGAAUUUAUUUCUUUACAAUCGACGUACCUUACGGUCAGAAUCUUUUUGCAGAUAUUACAAAACUUCUGUAUUGGGCAAGCAUCAGCGAUCUAUAACAUGUGGAGCAUUUUCAAAUGAUGAUCUGCUUGCAUUAGGCUCAUCGGAUGCUUCAGUUUCAAUCAGCAACAUUAAUGGAGAUUCAAUCUUUUCGUUUAGUUGUGGUGCUGAUCCAUCGAUGAUAAAGUUCUCUGAUGCAAAACAUGUUACGGACUACAGUGAUACAGUGGUUGAUUUUAUGAAAAACAUGAUUUAUUCCUUGAAGUUGUGUACCAAUAGCCAGCUAAAUUCUUUUGUAAGCGCCAUUUUGGGACAUAAAAUCUUGGUAUUAGUAAAGCUAAGUGAUGCAGAAAAUCCCAUCUAUCUCCAGUUCCAUGUCCAUUAUGGAAAUAUUACAUCAUACUGUUGGUUUCGUUGUGAUUUGUUGUUGCUAGGUUUUAGUAAAGGCUUUUUUGUUUGUAUCACUACGAAUCCUCCUGAAGUUGGUCGGGAAAUAUUUUCGGUACAAGAUUUUAAGACAUAUUUGUCUUCUGUUUGCAUCAAUGAAUCAGUCGCAAAAAUUAUACUUGCAGGGAAUAAUCAGAUUAGAGUUCGUGAACUGAAUAAACAAGAAGAAAUUGUAGAAAUUCAUGAAGUGCAUAAUGAAGGAAAAGGUUUGUCGAUUAUUAAGGCAAACUAUGACGGUCAAUUAAUUGCUGUUAAUAGUAUCUCUGGAAUGUUAUAUGUGUUUUUGUUGAAAUUGCCAAUGCUAGCAGUUACUUAUCGUAAUACCAUUGCCAUUUUAUCAUCAUUAAAUGAAAUCACUUUAUUCAGAGAAGGGGAAAAAGGCCCGUUAUCGACAUUGAAAAUUGAUUUGGAACCAACAGUAAUAGCUCUGGGUCCACGACAUAUUGCCACAGCAAUUAAUACUCGCGUUUGGUUUCAUAACAUUGUUGAAGAAAAAGGAGUGAGACGAGUUUAUGAGGUCGAAUAUUUAUCCACAGUGAUUGCUUUGCUGCUGAAUGAGAAAUAUGUUGUUGCUAAAUUAGAUGGUCAAGCACAACUACAUAGGCUGUGCGAUGAAAAUGGAAUGCAUGUUGUCGAAGAAAAUGGAUUAAUUAUUCCGGACUCUAAGCAUGUCAAUUCCAAAUUAGAGGAUGUUGCACUCACAGAUAAUUUCCUCAUUUACUGCACAAGUAGUGGACACUUAUAUUACUACUCAUUAGCAGACAACGCAUAUGUGAGUGAAUAUAGACAUGUGGUCGGAAUCACAUCAUUAUAUCCAGAGCCGGAAGGAAUCAGGCUUUGUUUUUUUGAUGAACGCUUGGAUGUUUAUUUUUAUACUCCUGUUGAUGAUUCACUUCUAAAGAUUCCGUCGAUUAAUUCCAGUGCUUGUCUCCGAAACUGCUUAUGGGAAAACUUUACCGUAGAUCGGGACACGUUUGUUGUGUGUGAUUCUGAAUCUAUACACGUCAUUAUUGUGAAUAGAAAUCGAAUAGAUAAUGAUUUCUUAACAAAAGUUGGCAUAACUACAAUACCUUUUGGUCACGUUCCAUUAAUGCUUUGCAAAGGAAUUGUGUAUUGCCAAACUCAUAGUGGAGGAAUUGGUAGCAUAUUGCUGGAUAGUCAUCGAAUUGAUACAAUGCUUGAAGGGAAAUCCUCUAGUACUCUGGAAAGUCUACUGAACCAAUCUUUGAGUCUAGGAAGGUGGUCAUAUGCUUGGAAGAUCUGUGAACACAUUAAUAAGUCGGAACAUUGGAGAAAAUAUGCUGUUGCAGCUAUGAAAAAUGGAGAAGUGAAUUUAGCUAUUCGAGUUUUCAAGCAGAUUGAUGCUGUAGGCAUUGUGUGGAAUUUGGAAGCGAUACGACAUGUUGAAGAGAAAAAUUUGCUUUAUGGACAUUUGUCGUUGCUGUUAGAAAAUUAUGAUCUAGCUGAAAAAUUUUUUCUCCAGUCUAGUAAACCUACUGAAGCUUUGGAUAUGCGUCGAGAUUUGUUGGAAUGGGAUAAGGCAUUGAUUCUAGCAAAGCGUUUAUCUCCGGAAGAAAUGCCAAAGAUUUCAAAGGAAUUUGCUCAGCAUCUAGAAGGGCAUUAUACUCUAGCAUUGGAAAAGUAUGAAAAUGGUUUGAUUGAAAAUCUAGACGAUAGUAAUGAGCAGCUUCUGGAUCAUAACGAGUUGUGCAAUUGUGGCAUUGCACGGAUGUGCAUUCAUACAGGCAAUAUUCGCAGAGGUAUUGAAAUCGCUGCAAAUAUCAAAGGACGAGCUGUGAAACGUGAUUGUGCUAUUAUUUUGGAGCAUUUGAGACAAUUCAACGAUGCAGCAUAUUUAUAUGAACUUGGACAUUUUUAUGAUCAGGCUGCCGCUGCUUCAUUGAAAGCAAAAAACUGGACAAAAGUGGGUGAUUUACUGGACAAAGUUCAAUCACCUAAAAUCCAUUCACUGUAUGGUAAAGUUAUGGAAGAGGAAAAGAAAUACAUGCAAGCUGCGCUUGCAUACAAAAAUGCACGAGAUUAUCAUAAUUUAGUGAGAAUUUUAUUAGAUCACUUAAAUAGACCAGAAGAAGCAGUACGCAUUAUACGAGAAAACAGAAAUAUUGAGGGAGCCAAACUUAUUGCAAAAUUCUUCACGAAACUCGGAGAUUUCGAAUUGGCUGUACAGUUUUUGGUUAUUUCUCAAUGUCAUCAGGAAGCAUACAAUUUGGCUGAAAUGGAACAGAAAAUGGAUGUUUUUGCUGAUGCUAUCGAAAACGAAGGGCUGGUUGACGUGUUUUUAAAGUUAGCAGGAUAUUAUGCAAAAAACAAAAAUAUGCAGAAAGCAGGACAUUUCUAUUAUAAAGCUGGGCAUUAUUCCAAGGCGUUAGAUUAUUUGUUAACGAAUGAAGAAAAUGCAGAAGCAGUAGAAACAGCAAUAGAAUGUGUCUCUCAAGCGAAAGACCCGAACUUGAGCUCACUUCUAGUUAGCUAUUUGCUUGGAGAAGCUGAUGGUGUUCCUAAGAAUCCGAAGUUUCUAUUCAAAUAUUAUAUUUCAAUGAGGAUGUAUAAAGAAGCAGCAAAAACAGGAGUGAUAAUAGCAGCUGAAGAGCAGAUGAAUGGUUCAUAUAGACUAGCACAUGAUCUAUUACUUGAAAUGUACCGAGAAAUGCAGAAUAAGAAAAUCAAAGUUCCGUUUGAAAUCCAAAAUAAUCUAAUGCUGCUGCACAGUUACCUUAUAAUUAAGAAUUUGGUAAAGCGAUAUGAACACAAGAAGGCUGCUCGAAUGUUAAUUAGAGUGGCGAACAGCGUCAGUCAUUUUCCAACACAUAUCGCACCUAUUCUCACAUCCGCUGUUAUUGAAUGUAGCAAGGCUGGCCUGAAGCAAUCAGCGUUCAAAUUCGCUGUGCAACUGUUAAAAGAAAGUAAUCGAAAGAAUAUCGAUGAAAGAUAUCGAAGAAAAAUUGAAGCCAUUGUUAGGAAAUCAGAUAAGUUGCCGGACCCAGAAGAAACUAAAACUCCUUGCCCUUACUGUGAAAAUGAAACGGAAGAAUCAUCACUCGUUUGUAUGUCAUGCAAAAAUUUGAUCCCAUAUUGUAUUGUUACGGGACUUCAUAUAAUAACUGAUGAUUACUCAGUAUGUCCUUCUUGCAACUUUCCUGCCUUUUAUUCGGAAUUAAAAAAGUAA